AUGGUCGUUGUGGGUAACAUCUACGUGAUUGCGGCCGUCGCCGUUAUUGGCGGCGGUUUGUUCGGUUUCGAUAUCUCGUCCAUGUCUGCUAUUAUCAGCACCCCUGCUUACAAGUGCUACUUCAAUCAGGGUCCCCUGGGUCCCCCCUUCACUGAUGAUGAGCAUUGCUCUGGUUUGACCUCCAUCAACCAGGGUGGUGUGACUGCUGCCAUGCCCGCUGGUUCCUGGCUCGGUGCUUUGAUUUCCGGUUUUAUCUCUGAUCGUCUUGGUCGCAAGUAUUCUAUCAUGGUUGGAUGCAUCAUCUGGUGCAUCGGUUCCGCUAUCAUCUGUGCUUCUCAGAACGUCGGCAUGCUCGUCGCCGGCCGUGUCAUCAACGGUCUCUGCGUCGGCAUGGAGUCCGCCCAGGUCCCCGUCUACAUCUCCGAGAUCUCCCCUCCCUCUAAGCGUGGCCGUCUGGUCGGCUCGCAGCAGUGGGCCAUUACCUGGGGUAUCCUGAUCAUGUACUACAUCUCGUUCGGCUGCUCUUACAUCGGCGGCCCGCAUUCCUCCGACUACAGCACCGCUGUCUUCCGUAUUCCCUGGGGUGUCCAAAUGGUUCCUGCCAUCUUGCUCUUCAUCGGAAUGACUGUACUGCCCGAGUCUCCUCGUUGGUUGGCCCGCAAGGAUCGCUGGGAAGAGUGCCGUGCGGUCCUGACCCUCGUCCACGGCAAGGGUGACCCCAACAGCCCCUUCGUCAACGCUGAGAUGCAGGAGAUCGGUGAGAUGUGCGAAUUUGAGCGUCAGCAUGCCGAUGUCACCUACUGGGAGCUGUUCAAGCCCAACAUGAUCCACCGUACCAUGGUCGGUAUGUGGUGCCAGAUCUGGUCCCAGCUUACUGGUAUGAACGUCAUGAUGUACUACAUCACCUACGUCUUCGAGAUGGCCGGCUACUCUGGCAACGGCGCCCUGCUCGCCUCUUCCAUUCAGUAUAUCAUCAACGUGAUUUGCACCGUCCCCGCCUUGAUCUGGGUUGACCGUUGGGGACGUCGCCCCACGCUGUUGAUCGGUGCUGCCUUUAUGAUGGUCUGGAUGUACGCCAAUGCCGGUAUCAUGGCCACGUACGGUGUUAUUGUGCCCGGUGGUAUCCAUGGCGUUUCCGAGGAAUCCAUGCGUCUGUCCGGUGCCCCCGCCAAGGGUCUGAUUGCCUGCACCUACUUGUUCGUCGCCUCCUACGCGCCGACCUGGGGUCCCGUUUCCUGGGUGUACCCCCCGGAACUGUACCCUCUCCGUGUCCGCGGCAAGGCCGUCUCUAUGGCCACCUCUGCGAACUGGGCUUUCAACACCGCUCUGGGUCUGUUUACUCCCGUCGCCUUCUCCACUAUCCGCUGGCAGACAUACAUCAUCUUCGGCGUGUUCUUGACUGUCAUGUUCAUCCACGUCUUCUUCCUCUUCCCCGAGACUGCUGGUAAGACUCUCGAGGAGAUCGAGUUGAUCUUCGAGGACCCCAACGGUAUCCCGUACAUCGGUACUGCCGCCUGGAAGACCACCCACGAUACUAAGCGCACUGUCGCUGUUGAGUCUGGUGAUGUCGAGGUUCUCGGUGAGAAGCUCGCUAUGGGUGACAAGUCCGCUGUUUCUCACAAUGAGACUACCGCCUAA